AAUCAAUUAACACGUCCCACACUUUUGCAAAACCUAGAAAAAGAAUACGAAAACCAACAGGAUAAGUUGCAAACGUUUUUGGAAAAAGAACACCAAAUCGCAAGUGCAUCUACAAAACCUAAAUAUAACUUCGAAAGAGGAGACCAUGAAGCUGAAAUGCAGAACAAAGACAUUAACGAAAAACAACAGUCGUUUGUAUCUUCUAAAUUGGAACAAUUCGAGGAACAAUUUGAAAGAAUUAAAGAAGUCACGCAAGUCUCUGAUAUUCAAGAAGCAGAUGCUAGGUUUAUAGCUCAGAAAACAAUGCAUGAAGAUCUCUUUGACUUGAAAAAAAAGGCUAUUAAAAGACUACAUGACCUUAGAGAAGAAAAAAGACAAUUGGAUACAAAAAUGGGACUAUUACGUGAUGCAAAUGCAGCCUGCCCCAAAAGAGAACUUGAGGAUGAACUUAUAACUUCAAAAGCAAGGCAAAAUGAGCAGGAGAAAAGAAGACAAGUAGCAAAAAUGGAACUAGAUAGAAUUAAUUUUCUAAUAGCUGACAUUAGAACAGCUCUUCAAAAAUUGUGGAAACUUUUAGCAGAAGGAUUUACAACGGUAUAA